AUGGCCGACGAAGCAGCUCGCGCUCACGCCGCUGAAGUGGCGCGCGCUCAAGAAGAAGGACGAGAUCCACCUCCUCCUCCUCCUAACCCUGCUGGAGAUAAACCCUAUCCAUCCACCACUCCUGCAAGGAAUGACUAUGAGAUCAAGCCUCAGAUCAUAGCAUUGGUUAGACAGAACCAAUUCAAUGGACUUCCAGCUGAGCACCCUCUUGAUCACAUAGAAAACUUUGAAGAAAUUUGCAGCACUACAAGAUCCAAUGGAGUCUCUGCUGACUACCUUAAGUGCAAGCUCUUUUCAUUCUCUCUUGGCGACAAAGCUUCAAGAUGGUUGAAGUCUCUGCCAGCUCACUCCAUUACCACUUGGGAUGAGUACAAGGCUGCAUUCAUCAACCACUUCUACACCAAGCAAAGAUCAAUUUCUGAGUACAUUAGGGACUGCCCUAAUCAUGGUUUCAAUGAGGGAAACCUAUGGAACAUCUUCUAUCGUGGCAUAGACCACAAGUACAAGCUUUCAUUGGACACUGCAAGCAAUGGAAACUUCAUGACCAAGACUGUUGAUGAAGCUAAGGUUCUUAUUGAGAAUCUUGCAGCUAGUGAUUGUAACAACUGUCCUGAUUAUGACCGCUCAAGCCGCACCACUACUAGCUCCCCUGAUUCUUUUCAAAUGACUGAACUCAAGAACAUGAUGGCUCAAGUUCUUAAGGGACAGCUCAAGCAUAUCAAUGCAAUAGAAGGGAUGAGUGAUGCUAAUGAAGAUUCAUCAAGAGAAUGCAUGGGAGAUUUCUCUAAUGAAGCCAAUGAAGAAGAUGUGAACUACAUUGGAAACUAUGGGAACAAGGGAUACAAUCCAAGCUAUCGCCCAAACCCCAACAUGUCUUAUAGAAACCCCAAUGUGGAGAAUCCUCAAGACCAAGUGUAUCCUCCAAGGUAUCCACAACAACAAAGACCUCCUUACCAAUCUCAAGGAAGUCAAUUUCAGCCAAGGCAAGGAUAUGAGCAGAGAUCAUCAUAUCCGCCCAAGGAGCCAUAUGCUUCUUCACCAAAUCAAGCUCCUUGA